AACCCGAAAUCUAUACAUAUAUAAGCCCACCUCCCCAAUCCCAGUGGUCUUCAUUACCCCACAGCCUCCACUCACAAUGUGAGAAAUUCCGACACCUCUUCAUCCUUACCUUAUUCCUCCAGUAAAAUCUCUCUUUUUUUCGCGUCCACCCUUUCUCCCCCAAAAAAAAGUUAAAAACCACCACCCCUUUGCUCUCCUGGCGAAGAAAAUGGAAGAAGAAGAAGAAGGAACUGGAAAGAGACAAACGACUGAAUGUGACUACGACGUCGUCCGGAAAAAGCUCAGAACCGAGGGCGACGGCGACCAGGAUCAAGACGACGUGAUGGCCUGGCUCGCUUUCGACGACCAGACUGUCACGGAGCUUUCGGAGCUCUUGGACUCCUCCUCCUUGGAGGCUUCGUCGUCGUCAGCGCAGCAGUUUAACGUUAAGGUGAGGUUCAUCGAGGACCCGUACAUGACGCCGGUGAUUUUUCAGUCGUCGUCGGCCUACGUCACCAUCAACGGCAACGAGGAGUCUUGCGGGUCGUCGUACUCGGACUCCGACUCAACGGUCAUGGCGAGCGUCGACAUGGGAAGCUUUCGGGUUGCGUUGAGGAAGCUGGCUAGGGAGCUGAACGUGGAUGACACCGAUAGCCGUGGAGCGUGGGGCACGGACGCCGCUGCGGAGGAGGAGGAGGUAAUAGCCCGGGGUGGUGGGUGGAUGGGGGGAAAUGAUCAUCUGGAGGGUAUUUUUGUAAAAUCGCCAUGCAGCAGCAGUGACUUGUGCGAGACGACUCCUUCUGACGGUGACGGUGAAAAUAUGUGGGUGAAACUUCUUCUGGGUGAGGAGGAUUUGUUAGGUGGGGCAGGGUAAAUAGGAAGGAGUUGGCUGUGUGGAAAACGUUAGGGGGAAAGGGGCUAAAAUAAUAUUCUACUAAUAUACGAAGCAGUAAAAAGAUUUAAAGAGGUUUCACUACUGUAACUAGUAACAGUAGGGGGUGGUCAAGACUCAAAACUCUGGAGGGUUACAUUUUAUCUAAUCUCUAAUGGGAGUGAAUUAAAACUGGGGUAGGCCGAGGAGGCGGCGGCGGUACUGGUGGUUUUUGGACUGUGUGGGACUCAGGUGGUUUGGUUUGGUGGCAUGAGCACAGUUGUAUAAUUCUAGCUGCUGGUUCUGCAACAACUGCUGUAAUAAUACGCCUCUAGAAAAUUAGAAAAUUGAAAAGGCAGUUGAGAAAGAAAACGUGGAGCGGAUUUUGUCU